GUAAUAUCCAUGUCUUCCUAUUGGAUGUCCGAUGACAGAAGCAUUUCGCAGUCUGCUCCAGUCUGCUUCUUAAUGAUAAGGGCAGACGAAAGUGCCGAUAAAUAGCAAUAUGGGUAGUGCGGAUACAACGACAGUUGGCAAGAAGCUGAUAAGUGAUAAUAAUGAUACUGUCGAAGAGUAUGGACCGAAUCUCAAGAUUUUGCCAUCAAACGACCAGGUUAAGGAGUUGCAAACAAUCUUGCGGGAUAAGAACACCACCAGAAGUGAUUUCAAAUUCUACGCUGAUCGUUUGAUUAGACUCGUUAUAGAAGAAAGUCUAAAUCAAUUACCAUUUUCAAAAUGCGUUGUAACUACGCCAACUGGAGCAAAGUACAAAGGAUUAAAGUACCAAAAGGGAAAUUGUGGAGUUUCUAUAGUAAGAAGCGGAGAAGCUAUGGAACAGGGCCUGCGGGAUUGUUGUCGUAGCAUAAGGAUCGGUAAAAUAUUGGUUGAGAGUAAUGCCGACACGCACGAGGCCAGAGUUGUCUAUGCAAAGUUCCCGGACGACAUAUCUGAGCGAAAAGUGUUGUUAAUGUAUCCUAUAAUGAGUACUGGGAACACUGUGAUAAAAGCCAUAGCUGUAUUGAAAGAACACAAUGUGCAGGAGGAAAAUAUAAUAUUAUCAAAUUUAUUCUGUACACCAAUAGCUGCCAAAACUCUAGUCACUGCCUUCCCUAAGAUGAAGAUCUUAACAUCGGAGAUCCAUUAUGUUGCUCCCAAUAAUUUCGGACAGAAAUAUUUUGUAUAUUAGCACCGUAUGCACGUUUUAUUAUUGAACUACAUAGACACAGGUGAAGAUUGGAAGACUAUAAAGCAUCACGUUUACAUAUUCACUCAAAAACAUAUAGAAGAAUUUCAAGAAGCAAUUAAUACAAAAAUAUUUCUAAGCUAUACGUCAAACUGAAAAUUUAUUCUAUGCUAAGUUAAAUGGCAACAGCUUUUUUUUAGAACGACCUCACGGUAUCCGGAAGUCGUGUCUAAACUUUUAUCGUUUAGUAUUACUUAAGAAAAUAAUGCCAGUGUUGAAUCACCAGGAUUUAUAAUGAUCGAUAGAUGGAAGUUAUCUAACGAUUUAAAAAUGAUAAACCGAUAAAUAAUAUGAUCUCCUGAUCAUACUACCGUAUUAUUCAAAAUCUUGUUUUCUCUUUCUAUUAAUUCUACAUGCAGGAUAUUUUCUAAAACACCUGACUAGUGCUAAAAUACCGAAUGAAAAAUGUCAAAGAACUUUUGUACGAGCAUAAUAUCAUUGGAUAUCAUAUUGAACCUUGAAACCUUAACAAGAAAAAAAGCACACAAUAGACAAGAUCUUAUUUUCUGAUAAUGCAUAAUACGACUUUGCCCUGAAUUUUUAUACAUAUAGCAACUUGUACGCGUUUUCAACGUCAAACAUAAAUAAUUAAUUUUAUAAGUCUUACCAUUAGUUAAUAUCAGUCACGUGUGUAUGAGUAUAGUGUGUGCGUCGCGUUACCUUGUGUCGCUUUUACUGUUACAGUAAUAAUAACAGCACACAAAGUUCAAACAAUAUACCGUGAACAGGCGUAUAAUAUGUCCUGUACGUACCGAAGCCAUUUAUGUACAUGCAUAUACGCGAGGGAGAAAUAAUGCGUGGAGGAAUUUUGAAAAAAAAAAGGGAGACGAAAAUUAAUUUAACGUUGUUCUUAAGAAACAUUACGAGUCAGAGCACACAUUAAUUGUUGUAUCUUUCUUUGAAAAUCAUACAUACCUCAGACGCAUAUUCCGGUGGCUGUUCCAGUUUAGAAUGAUUUCUUGAUUUUGAUUUUUACCCCUUUUUUUUAUAUCAACUCCUGUCGCAAAGAGAAUUGUCACGCGUGUCAUGUGUUCAGACGAGAUAAGAAUUCAUGUGAAACAAGCAUACGUGUAAGACGCAUAAGUCUGUACGAGUGUUCAAUAAGUUAUUAUAGCUUUAAGCAUAAAGAAUCUAUGUUGCGCA